UGUUUACUUCCGGUAUUUUUCACGUGUUUAUUUUGACAGCUUUGAAAUUAUGAGUGAAAGAAACCGAAAUCAGCUACCAAACAACCUACCACAGCUACAGAACUUGAUAAAGAGAGACCCGGAAUCUUAUAAAGAUGAGUUUACCCAACAGUAUCGACACUAUCAGUCCAACAUGCAGAUCUUCCAUUUGAAGCCCUCACAGUUUUCAAAGACGUUGGAUGAGUUACUGAUAUUUCUUUCACAGGUAGCUCACUGCUAUCCAGAUGAGAUGAAGGAUUAUCCGCAGGAGCUGAGGGAUGCCUUACAGAGACAUUCUUCCAUCCUCGACAGGACUAUGAGAAUGACUUUUUGUAAGGCCUUGAUUUUGUUGAGAAACAAAAGUCUUAUUCCUGCCACAAGUGUCUUGGAGCUGUUCUUUGAAAUGUUCAGAUGUCAGGACAAACUGUUGAGGAAAACGCUGUACACAUAUAUCGUCAAUGAUAUAAAGAAUGUCAACCAGACCCACAAGAAUGCAAAACUCAACACUACUCUGCAGAACUUCAUGUACACAAUGUUGAAGGACAACAACCCAGUGGCAGCUAAGAUGUCCCUGGACGUCAUGAUAGAACUGUACAGACGUAACAUUUGGAAGGAUCCCAAGACUGUGAAUGUCAUAACAACGGCAUGUUUUUCCAAAGUCACAAAGAUUCUGGUUGCUGCUAUUAAAUUUUUCCUGGGAACCGAUGCAGAGGACAAAGGCAGUGACAGUGAAUCAGAUGAGGAAGAUCAAAAAUCAGCCAAGGAGCUGAUGACUGGAUACAGAGUGGGGAAACACACAAAAAAGAGACAGAAGAAGCUGGACAGGGCCCUACACAACAUCAAGAAAAAUAAAAAGAAGAAAAAAGUUGCUGAAUGUUUCAACUUUUCUGCCCUUCAUCUCAUUCAUGAUCCACAGGGUUUUUGUGAGCGUCUGUUCCGGCAGCUGGAUGCGACCACAGAGAGGUUCGAGGUAAAGCUGAUGAUGAUAGAUCUGGUUUCUCGACUCAUUGGUGUACACCAGUUGUUCCUGUUCAGUUUCUACCCGUACAUACAGCGAUUCCUUCAGCCCCAUCAGAGAGAGGUGACACGAUUGCUGUUAUUUGGUGCCCAGGCCAGCCACGACCUUGUACCCCCAGAGAUGAUUGAACCAAUGAUUAAAACAAUAGCCAACAACUUCAUAACAGAUAGGAAUUCUGGUGAAGUAAUGGCAGUAGGGUUAAAUGCUGUGAAGGAAAUCUGCUGCCGCUGUCCACUGGCCAUACCAGAGGAUUUACUGCAGGACUUUGCCGAGUACAAAACUCACAGAGAUAAAUCUGUAAUGAUGGCGUCCAGGUCCCUUAUCCAGCUGUACAGGAAAGUAAACCCGGAACUCCUGAGGAAGAAAGAUAAGGGAAAGCCAACAGAAGCUUCAAAAGACUUGAAAGUACUUGAGUAUGGUGAAAAAGACACCAGGACAUAUAUUCCAGGCACUGAGGCAUUGAAGAACACAGAAGACAUAGAUGAGGAGGAACUAGAGCAGGAGGCCUGGGAGUCGUGUAGUGAGGAAGAAGAUAACGAUUAUGACGGGGAAUGGCUAGAUGUUCAUCACUCUUCUGAUGAGGAGGAGGUAGAUGACACGCUGGUACCAGAGACUUCGGAGGAGCAGGAAGCGAAGGCUAAGUCUGUCUCCACGACGCGUGUUCUGUCCCAAGAAGAGUUCCGGCAGCUCCAGCAGCACCAGGCCGCGCGCGAGACCGAGGGGAUGAAGACCAAGACCAAGGGGAAGGGCAAGAAGAGAAAGAGGGAGAAGCAGGAGGAAGAACAGGAAAGAGGGGAGUUGCUGAGCCUGUCUAUGAUUGAGAAUGUCCACAAGAAAAGGGCCCACGACAAGGAGUCCAGAUUAGCCACUGUCAUGGCAGGGAGAGAGGAUCGGCCGAAGUAUACCCACGGACAUAAGAAGAUGAAUGCCCACGCCAGUACCACGAACAAGGACAAGCUACGCGGGAAAGCAUACACCAUGAUCAAACACAAGGUCAUGAACAGGAAGAAGAAGAGAUCCUUCAGAGACAAACAGAUUUCUUUGAGGAAUUCGCUGUUGAAAAGGCAGAAAAUGAAAAGAUAAAUAUUGAGUUCUAAAAGGCUUGUUGUUGAGUUUUAAUGACAUAUGAAUCAGAUUGUUAGUAAGAUAUGAAUAAAUAAAUACAAUGAAGAUG